CUCUCUCUCUCUCUCUCUCUCUCUCUCUCUCUUUCUCUUUCUCUCUCGCUCUUAUACACAUGCGCGCACAUGCACACACUUUCUCUUUUUGUUGUGCAGAGUUCUCUCUUCACUUUGUGAUGAGGCGAACACAAGGACGAAAUCAUUAUUAAGUGCCUGAAAACAGAGUAGCUUGUGGUAGGUUUACAUAAUUUUCAGCUUUCUUGGAGCAAAGCCAUCGCACUGUCGAUCCGAGACAUUUCACAACGUUUUCGAUUAAAUCCCACUGAAACUGUGGAUAAUGCGUGCACUGGGAGCUGCUCCAGUUCAGGUGGAGGGUCAGAGGCUUUCGUGGGUUGGUAUGGUUUUGACUGUGCUGGCGAUUACCUCCUCUUCGCUAUCAGUGCUGUCCCUAUACCACAUGCUGGCUCUGCAUGCAGAGGUGGAAGUGCUGAAGAGCGAGGUGAGUCGCAGGAGAGAAGGUUGCAGAGACACACCGGUGGAAAGCAUGAAAGGACCCCUGCACCAGCAACGUGAAGAUGAUGCCAACACAGCUCCGUUGGAAACAGAAGCUUCUGGAAGGCAGCAAGAACAGUUCAGGUUGAAGAAGAGAAGUCUGGGAACGCUUCAGCCGUUCUUGCAGAUGAUGCCAGACAGCAAGAGGGCGACCUUUCAGAAAGACUUUGCAAUGGAGAAACACACUGGCAUUCCGUGGCAGGCUGGUCUACAGCGAGGCGAGGCUCUUGAGUUGGAUCAGGAUGUCAUAAUGGUCAAAGAGGAGGGCUACUACUUCAUUUACAGUCAGGUUUAUUUUCAAGACCCGCAUUAUGCAAUGGGCAACAUCAUGAUCCGCAUGAAAAAGCAUGUGGUCGGGGACGAGAGUCAACAUGUUGUUCUGUUCCGCUGCAUCCAGACCAUGAACGUGAAGGUUCCCUAUAACACCUGCUACACAGGAGGGAUAGUGAAGCUAGACGUUGGAGACACAGUGGAGCUGCUUAUACCUCGACCCACAGCAAGCAUCUUUCUGGAUGGAGACUGCACCUACAUGGGAGCCAUCAAACUGGCCUGAUUUACAUAUAUGGCUUUUGGCAGAUGCUCUUAUCCAGAGUGACUUGCAUUUAUCUCAUUUAUAUAACUGAACAAUUGAGGGUUAAGAGCCUUGCUUAAUGGCCCAGUAGUUGCAGAAUGGUGGCAUUGGGAUUCACAAACUUCCACAACCUUCUGAUCCUAUCAGUAGUCCAAUGCCUUAACCACUCGGCUAAUGUACAAAAUAGUAGAAAUGAGACACCAGCUUGUACUGCUUUUGGAAAUCUCAGUACACAGGGUACUUCCUUUAACUAACCUGUAGAGACCUGUAUUGUGUAUUAACUGUUAGGAGGUGGGGAACUACACAAUAUUUCACAUAUGGAGGUUGAUGUGCGAGUGUGAGCAAAUUAUAUGCAAAUUCGCGGUGGUAAAUUUUCUAUCAGUGUGAAUGAGUGUAUGAAUGUGUGUACAUGGUGCCUGGUAAUGGGCUGGUGUCCCAGCUGGUAUGAAUCCCACCUUGCAGCUAAGGUUCUAGGGAUUGGCUUUGGAAAGCACUGCAACCCUGACCAGAAUAAAGUGGAUACUGAAGAUGAAUGACUGAAUCGAUUGCUCCUUAGGUAUGAAUGUGUGUCUAGUUGUUGCCCUAUGAGGUGUUAUGCUUAAGAUAUGGAUGCUCAGAUCUGCCUGUGGACCUCGGAAACUAUAGCUAGCGUCAUAAUGAUGUGAAGCCCAGAGCACCAUUUUCCUGCAUUUACCCAAGUCUACAAGCCUUUAAGAUGGACCUUUUAACAAUUUCCGAGUACUUUGUGGCAUCUAGUACAUACAUCACUGUCUUACUCUGUUUUUAAUAAAAAUGACAUGCAUCCACAGAUGCAGUCUGCUCACUAACAUGUAAGACGUAAAGCCAGUACUUACAACUGUUGUGGUCAAUUUUCAUAUUGCUUUUGCAAGCAUAGAACAUGUGGGUUAUAACCAUGAACAGACUAGAGUUUGAAUUGGCCUGUGAAAUUAGGCAACAGUUAAGUGACUGGUUAUGAAUAUAUUUUAGCCGUGUGAUUUAUUUGUGGUUAUGUGAGCUUUCUUUGCACUUCAGCAGAGGGCAGCACUGCCACAUCAUAUGAUCACAGUCCUAUGGCUUAGCUUUGGAUCCACUGUUUUUUUCCAAGGGUUAUGGAGAGUAUUUUGCAUAAUUUUUCAUAACCUAAUUUAAUCACAUGUUCAGGCUUUUACAAUGACCCGAUUCUGUUUUAGUCCCACUUACACUUAUGUACAGCAUACUGUAUGUGUGUUUCAGUUAUUGAUCCAGGUCAGUAAUUGAUGUAAAUUUCUGAUUAUUCUGUAAAUCUAAUGUGAACUGUAUUAUAUUCACAAAUGGUCUUCUUUAACCCAUUUAUUUCAAACAGUUCUCACUAUCAUUAUUAGUCUCAUAACUGCUAGAAGCCCAAUACUGACAUAUUUUUCAAGUGUAACCUUCAGGAGGCAUCAGUUUCCAAGCUUCUGCGUAAAGGGAUGUUUCACAUGUUAUUAAAAAAUACAUCUAAAACUUGAAUCACUGAGCUACUUCAGAUUUUCUUUUAACCUUUAGCUAAUAAUAUAUAUUUUUAAAACGUAUAUGUAUUAUUGAUGUAACUGUAUGCUAAGCACUUUUUUUUUAGCAUCAAUUUGUAUUAAGCUCAUUUUAUGAAUUUUAUUAAUAUUGAUAUGACCAUAUGUUUAUAUAUGUUGAUAUCUGACCAAUGUAAAAUGUUACCUUAGUGUUGCAGGUCAUAGAAAAUUGUUUACUGUAAUAAAUUGUACACAAAAAUUUGCUUAUUAAAUAUCCUGUUAGCUAAUAUUUAAUGUCUUUUAUAAAUGUGUAUUUGUUUGUGAUAUUGUUCCUACCAUUUUAAUUGAUUUAGCUUCUCAUAUUUAAAUUGUGGACAACUUUACAAUUGUGGUACUGAAACAAAGCCAUAGUAAGAUAAGUUAUAUUUCAGUAACAGGUUGCUUUUGUGUUCUCCAAACAUGCCAAAUUGUUUUCAGACGAGAAAUAUGAACGUUUGUUGUUGUUGUUUAUUUGAAGCAUAGUGUUGUGCUCAUAUGGUGUGACAAAUUACUGUUCGGUAUUUUACUACAUUUUCAGACUCCAAAAAUAAAGGUGAUCAUUGGAAAGGGGGUAAGUUUACUUAUAUAGUAUGCAUAUAUACGUAUGCAUUUCUAUACAAGUAUGGACAUACAUAACUCCCAAUCCUCUAUCACAAUCUUUGAAAUGUA